GGUAAAGAUUCUUUGUCAAAUAAUCCUUUUGUUGUUAGACAAAGAGUGAAAAGGCAGAAGAAACUCUCUCAACCACUGCCACACCUACACCAUUCCUCCGUUGAACAAUUACCAUUAAAUAUACAUAAACAAAAAACUUUCUAUUCUUUCAAUUGAAAUAACCUUUUUGCUGAAUCUUUUCUCUAUCAGAAGCUGACCCUUUGCUUCCAUUUUACUGCAUUGACCUCACCUUUUUUGGGAUUAGGUUUUCUCGUUGAAUGGUUUAAAAUCAAUGAGGAAUCUUGAUUUUUAGUUGUGGAUGACCGGGAAUCAUGGAUCAGUCGGUCUUGGUGAUCUGGGUUUUUCUACGCUUAACUGGGCUGCUUUUGAACUUGUCACCGGUUGCCGGUAACGCUGAAGGUGAUGCUUUGUAUGCUCAGAAGACCAAUUUGGGUGAUCCUAAUAGUGUUCUACAGAGUUGGGAUCCAACACUUGUUAAUCCUUGUACUUGGUUCCAUGUGACAUGCAACAAUGAAAAUAGUGUUACUAGAGUUGAUCUUGGAAAUGCAAAUCUAACAGGUCAACUGGUACCACAGCUUGGCCAACUCCAGAAAUUGCAGUACUUGGAGCUUUAUAGUAAUAACAUAAGCGGAAGAAUUCCAAAUGAACUGGGAAACUUGACAGAGUUGGUUAGCUUGGAUCUUUACCUGAACAACUUAAAUGGUCCAAUCCCUGACACACUGGGCAAGCUUCAGAAACUACGCUUCCUGAGGCUGAAUAAUAACAGUUUGAGUGGACGUAUUCCCAUGUCUCUAACCACCAUUGUUGCACUUCAAGUACUUGAUCUCUCAAACAAUCAUUUGACAGGACCAGUUCCAGUCAAUGGUUCCUUUUCGCUUUUUACUCCUAUUAGUUUUGUUAAUAACCAAUUGGAAGUUCCUCCAGCUUCUCCGCCUCCUCCUCUUCCUCCUACGCCCUCAUCUUCUUCUUCAGUGGGCAACAGUGCAACUGGAGCCAUCGCUGGAGGAGUUGCUGCAGGCGCUGCUCUUCUAUUUGCAGCUCCUGCAAUUUUUCUUGUUUGGUGGCGUCGGAGGAAACCACAAGAUCACUUCUUUGAUGUUCCUGCUGAGGAGGAUCCAGAAGUUCAUCUAGGACAACUCAAGAGGUUUUCCUUGCGUGAAAUACAAGUUGCAUCAGAUAAUUUUAGCAACAGAAAUAUACUUGGUAGAGGUGGAUUUGGUAAGGUUUAUAAGGGCCGGUUAGCUGAUGGCUCUUUAGUUGCAGUGAAAAGACUAAAAGAGGAACGUACUCAAGGUGGGGAGUUACAGUUUCAGACAGAAGUAGAAAUGAUCAGCAUGGCUGUACACCGAAAUCUACUUCGUUUAAGGGGCUUUUGCAUGACUCCCACUGAGCGCGUGCUUGUUUAUCCAUACAUGGCGAACGGAAGUGUUGCAUCACGUUUAAGAGAGCGGCCUGAAUCUGAGCCCCCACUUGACUGGCCAAAAAGGAAGCGUAUUGCACUUGGGUCGGCAAGAGGCCUUGCUUACUUGCAUGAUCAUUGUGAUCCUAAGAUUAUUCAUCGUGAUGUCAAAGCCGCAAAUAUCUUAUUGGAUGAGGAGUUUGAAGCAGUUGUUGGGGAUUUUGGGUUAGCUAAACUCAUGGACUACAAGGAUACUCACGUUACCACUGCUGUACGCGGUACAAUUGGGCAUAUUGCCCCUGAAUAUUUAUCUACUGGUAAAUCUUCUGAGAAGACGGAUGUGUUUGGCUAUGGGGUUAUGCUUCUAGAGCUCAUAACUGGCCAAAGGGCUUUUGAUCUUGCUCGACUUGCGAAUGAUGAUGAUGUCAUGUUGCUUGAUUGGGUGAAGGGACUUCUGAAGGACAAGAAAUAUGAAACAUUAGUUGAUGCAGAUCUCCAAGGUAAUUACAAUGAAGAAGAGGUGGAGCAGCUUAUUCAGGUAGCUCUACUCUGCACGCAGAGUACGCCUACAGAACGUCCAAAGAUGUCGGAAGUUGUUAGAAUGCUUGAAGGCGACGGCCUUGCUGAGAGGUGGGAGGAAUGGCAAAAGGAGGAGAUGUUCAGGCAAGAUUACAACCAUGUCCAUCAGCCCCAUACUGAUUGGAUUAUAGCCGACUCCACUUCAAAUCUCCGAGCAGAUGAAUUGUCGUGGCCAAGAUGAUCUUUCAGUUAUACUGCCAUCAGCACAUAUAGGACUGACUCUUGAGGGAAAAUCCUCUUUGUAUCUGUAGUUGGUAAUUGUCAUCUUUGUGCAUACCUUUUUCCUUCUUUUCCAUUUUUUGUUUCUUUCAGUCAGUUAUAUUGUAUUCGAUUGUCAAAAUGUCUAUAGGUGAUUUGGUCAUUACAGGUCUGAAUAUGAAAGUUAGCCGGAAUGGCGUUUGUUAAAAGAAUAAACACUUGUAAACUUCAAGUUUUCACAAUUUCUUUCAUGUUCAUCGGCAGUUUGUUGA